AUGUCCGCACCAAGUACCGUCUACGACUUCCAAAAAGAACGCACCAUCUUCCUCUCCUGGCUCGAAGACCAAGCCCGACUUAUGAGACACCAACCAGCAUCCGACACCAUCACAGAAGUCAAAGCGAUCCUCCGUGACCAGUCCAUUGAAUACCUCGAUCGACUGAAACAAGCUUCGAUUGUCAUGGCUUGUGAGGCGAAAGAUCAUAUCUGUGUGAUGGCCAAGCCGGCGCAGUUCUACGAAGUCGAUGUUCCGAAUAUGUGCAGUGCGCUGCAGUUACGACUACCACAGCUUGCUUCGAGGCUCGGGAUCAAUCCUAAAUGCGACAUGUGUGUUCAUUUCAUUAUUAUGAAUAUUGUGGCGGAGCCCGGGUUCUAG